UAUGGGAUAGGAAUGAUCUUUCCUCGAAAACACCUUGGGUUUUUAUAUUUUCCGAUGGCAUACGCAUAUUUGUCUGUACCAGUCACAUUGGUAAUAAAGAGCAAUGUGAUUCUUUCUUUUGAUGUCUUAAGUCCACUUACGGCUUGGCUUCCCGCGACAUAUGAACCAGUCGGAAGAGCUUUAUAAAAUAGACCUGUCUCGUCGGCGUUAUAAAUAUCUUCUAAUGAAUAUUUCUGUAGUAAAACUGGAAGAACAUUUUGUUUGAAGUUUAAAGCCGAUUGAUUAUCCGCGGAAGCAGCUUCGCCGUGAUGUUUUUUGAAACGCACAUUUUCGUUUUUCUUCCAUCUUUGCAGCCAGCCUGGGCUAGGCUUAAAAUCAAGGAUGCCUAAUUUGAUUGCAAAUUGCUGCGCUUUUUCAAAGAUCAAUGGGCCGGUUACAAGAGCGUUUGCCUCCAUCAUUUGCCUGAACCAAAUGGACAUUGAUUUGUUUAGCGCUUCAUAUUUUGAUGUGCGUGUCCUCUUUUGCUCUAAGUUCCGGCAGGUAUAGCUUUUUUCACUGAGUUCUUUCGAUUGUUUCAAAAUUUUCGAAAUCGUGCUGCUUGCAAUAUUAUAUUUUUUGGAGAUUUCGCUUCGGGCUUUGCCGCUUUUUGCUUCUUCCACAAUUUUGAUUUUUGUUUUAAUUGGUGUAGCAAUAUAAAUGUGAUUACUGUAUUAUGUUGUAUCGUUACCUUAUUUUAAUGUUACUUGAAUAAGCAAUCCUGUUGUACUUUUGAAUUUGUAUCAUACCUUAUUUUAAUGUUACUCGAAUAAGCAACCCUGGUGUACUAUUGAAUUUGUAUCAUAUCUUAUUUUAAUGUUGCUCGAAUAAGCAACCCUGAUGUACUUUUGAAUAUGUAUCAUACCUUAUUUUAAUGUUACUCAAAUAAGCAACCCUGAAUUUUUAAACUUGUAACUGGCGACAUGAAAGUGUAAAGAAAAAUAAAGAAGAGUUCAGUUCGAACGCAACCAUUAAACGAAUCGGUCAUCCCAUGCUACAAUAUUUCAGAAGUGGGAUUCGGGUACAGUAGCAAAGUUUUAACAAAUUUUUUUUUAAAUGGAGUGCAUCGAUGCUAAUAUAUAUACGGCGGCCCAGUUGCGUGAGUGGUUGAAGCGGUUGGGACUCCCGACUCAUGGCAACAAAAGUGCCCUAGCAAUAAGGUUGGGCGAUGUGCCUGCGGUUGAGCGUGGCGAUUGCCCUAGUUUCGCUGGCGAGGAGGUUGAGUCGGUGGGCGUUGGUGAAUCACCUUUGGAGGAGACAGCGGAGCGUGAUUUGGAGACGCAAAAUGAACUCCUGACCAAAGAAGUCGAGCGGUUGAAGCUGGUGAUUGUGCAACUUGGAUCGGGCAGUGUGGUGGGCGGCGCCGCUGGUGUGACAGAGAGGGAUGAUUCAGCGAAUGGCAGAGCUUCGAGUGCUUUGAAUGGCGACGUAACGAAUGUCAGCGCAACAUAUAACAGACAAGCGAACAUACAACAUGCAACGAUUAAUGGCGGCGGCGCUUCGAACGACGGCGGCGCAUUGAACAACGGCAGCAGCGCUUCGAAUGACGGCGGCGCAUUGAACAACGGCAGCAGCGCUUUGAACGACGGCGGCGCUUUAAAAGACAAUGACGCUUUGAACAGCGAUGGCGCUGUAGGUACAGUAAGAAACGAAAAAGAUAGCGCUACGGUAAGGAAUGUCGGUGCUAUACCUUUGGAGAUGGUAAAAGAUCUGUUACCAGAAUACGAAGGUGGGCCGAAUUUCAACAUAUGGAUUCAACAGUUAAGAAGUGCUGGAAAAGUUUUUAACCUUGAUCAUAGCGCGCUGCGCGCUGUAAUGAUAAGCAAGUUGAAAGGUAGUGCAAGAGUGUGGCUGCACGCGAGGCCUCUGUUUAUCACCGAAAAUAUAGACAGCCUUGUUGCAGAAAUGCAAGCGGUGUUUGCACCAACACACAACAAGUUGUUGCUGCGAAAACAGUUUGAAGCGCGCAAGUGGUCGGUUGGUGAAACCUUCCAAAAAUACUACAAUGAAAAAGUUUUACUGUCAGAUCCGUUGAAUAUGGAUGAAUGCGAGCUGAUUGACCAUAUUGUCGAGGGUAUGCCGGACGAGCAGUUACGGAAUCAGGCAUAUAUCCAAUGCUACACUACAAGAGUGCAGCUUCUGCAGGCGUUCGGGAGAGUUGAAUUGAAACGUGACUCGAUGCAGAUGCCUCGCACUAAUGUCAGAUGUUUCAACUGCAACUCAUUUGGACACAUGGCCGUGGCAUGUCGGAAGCCGAAGCGAGAGGUUGGGGCGUGUUAUGGGUGUGGCAGCAUGGAGCAUAAAGUCGCUACGUGUCCAACGAGGAUUCAAAACAACCGUGCAGAUGAGAGCCCAUACAAUGCCUCAUAGACUCAGGGAGCCCAAUAAGUUUUGUAAAACGAUCAUCCUUACCAGAUACUAUUGAAUUUAAUGAUAAUUUUUCAGUUUGUAUUCCAUAUUUUGGUUUAAAUAAAAGUAAAUUAGAAAUGUUUGGUGAAUUUAAUUGUAAUGUUUGUUUUGAAAAUAAAUUUGUCAAUAUAAAUUUGAUCGUAGUGGCCGAUGAGACUAUGGGGUAU